AGAAUCCAGGAGAUAGCUGUAGCGUUGUUUCUCUAUGGAUGCAGUGUUUCUAGUGUCUGUUGCUCUGGAAGAUUGUAUAACUGAAGUUGCUUUUUCUACGGACCUCUUUAUUGCACAACACUUGGACUAUAUUUUGUGUUUGCCGCUGUACAAAUCUGGAUAGUGGCUGUGGGUUAGUGUUACAACUAAAACAUAAACCAAGGGAUGACGGCUGGCCAUUGUGUUUCCAUGGUAACGUGGUAGUGCAUCUAUGUGAAGUGGAACGCGAGUACCUUCAUGAGGGUGACUACUACCUCUACAUCAAGCCCCCAUCACCACCGUCCGUCAAGAUUAACAACAACCGAGCCAGCGGCAACGUCAAGCAGUCGUCGUUCAAGACCAACAACAACAGCUCCAGCACCGUCACGCUGACCUUACAGUAUCUGACCCCCGACGGGGAACUAGGGGAGAUACCUAUACCCGCUUCCACCUUCAGGGACGUCUUCACCAGGAACUGGCUGCGGGAUGUAACACGCGACAUCCCAUGUGCGGAGAAACCUCUGCCGUCAGCCCUCUCCAGCGCAAUGGACCUUAGUUCUGCGGGCAAUAGCGCGGUCCGUCCCAAACCUUUGAGUAACUUUGUGAUCGCCGGGGAGCUCGGGCUCCAGAGAGAGGACUGGAGAGAUAUUGUGCAGCCUCCGGUUAUGGAGAGGAGGUUAUCGGGGAGGAGGUCAAAAGUUCAAAGGUUAACACGAUCAGGAAGUAGUAGAGGAGCGGGUCAGCAAAGUGGUGGAGGGAAAAAAAAUAAAGGGUCAAGAGACAUGAAAAAGUCUAGUUCUCGUCCGGGCAGCAACAGUGCCGCCGAAGAUGGUGACGGGAGCGGUGACACACACGGUGAUAAACACAGUGAUAAACUCCAACUGCCUCAGUACAUACUGGAAGUCAACUUUGAACUGUUGCAUUCUGAAGCAGUACUUCUUACAGGGUCAAGAGACAGCAGGGGAGCAGCCAUCUUGGAGGUACAGGGAGACAGCCCAGUCUGGACAGAAUCUCAGUAUCGAAUGUAUGACAUCAGCAAAGUGCUCGGCUACUUAUUCGGCAUACCUAGGGAAGACGUUCGAUCUAAGGGACUCUCGGUGGCUAUCGACGCAAGAUCUGCCCCCAAAUCAGCCGUCGAAAUUAUCGCAGAAUCACUACAACUUCUUGAGGAAAGUCAUCCUGGAGCAGUCCACCAGGCAGUCGUCCUCAUAGAUGCUGAUCCUGUAUUGAGCCGAUUUGUUACCAGCCAUUCCAAGCCAAGGGUCAACUACAAGUGUGAAGUGGUACAUUCGUUAGACAAGCUUCAUCAGCAUAUAGCGGUCGAUCUUCUAACACAGAGAUUCGAUGGAAGCUUUCCAUACGAUCAUGACAGCUGGGUCAGGUUUAGAAUGAAACUAGAGCCAUUCAUCUGCGGUUGUCAGAGUGCUGCUAAAUUCCUCUUCACCUCCAUGGAGGAAUUCACGAUGAGUGGUAACCCGCAGAGCGCCAGUGAGAUCAACCAGGCCAUUAAGAUGGUUCAUCAGAAACAUCAGGAUAUAUACCAAGAUGCUCGGCUAGCGGGUCUACACCGGGAGGGAGACGGAGUGCUGACGGCUCUCCGGAAUCACGAAGGACCUCUUGCGGUGACUAAAGAUUUCCAGGAUGCGAUGGUGUGUGUCAGCGCCCUCUUUGACCAAGUUCAUCAAGCGUGCACUCAACUCGACGAGCUUGCAGACAGACGACUCAACAUUCUCAAUCAGAGACUUCUGCUAGCCGUCUUUGAAGAAGAAACAGCGGAUGUCACAGAAUGGAUGAGCAAUAAGGGAGAGCUACAUCUCGGUAAAAUGAAGGAAGACCAGGCCGAGUCGCUGGGAAGUGUUAUCGCCAUACAGAAGGAGUUUGAGAAGUUUUACUUCACUGCCAUGCAACAUAUUGGCCGUGGUGAAGAUCUCUUAGAGGAUGCCCAGGUCCUUGCUGAGUCCUGCGAGACGGAACGCUCCGGAGUCAGGGAGAUUGCUCGGUCCCUACGCCAUCAGCUCAAGCUGUUCACCGACAGACUGGAAGACAAGAGACGCUACAUUGAGGAUGCAGGGAAGCUCUACACCAUGCUGGAUAAGGCAUAUGCAUGGGCACUAGAUGGCAUGAAGUUUGUUGCGUUACUCGGUCACGAAAAGAGCACCACACGAGAACAGUGUCGCGUCCAUCUCUGCACCCUAGAAAAAUACCUUCGUGACAACCCUCCCACGACGCAGGAAGCGUUUGCGCAAAUGCGCUCUCUCUCCAAACAAUUAGGAAAAGAGCAAUGCAUCCAGCAGUGUAACUUUGCACAUCAGCGUUGUCAAGAGACAAACAAAAUGAUUCAAGAUAAGAUAGACAGAUUGCACAGUGUGUUACGCGGUCGCCGAUCGCUACUCAAGUACGGGUCCGUGUCAAAGGGCACAGAGAAGAAGCAGAAUGCUCUGUAUCAGAGGAGUGCUUCGGCCAUUUUCGACGGGCUUAGCAGCUUUGGGCUGCAGUCGACAAACAGGGCAGGGAAGAAUCAGUUAGGAGGGGCACCAGACACUGAUGGGGCACCAGGUAAACAAGAGCUGCUGCGUAAGGGCAGCCGAACAGCACCCCCAAAGCAGCAUAGAGACUCUUUACAUAGUAACGGCUCGGUUGACUCGGGGAUAUCGGUCGGCGAGAAGGUCUUAGAGAGAGGGUCUCUUCCUUUAUCGCCGUCUUCGAUGGACUCCCCGAAUGAAUUCUCCGUGAGGCAACGCAAGAUGGCUGCUCUGAUCAAGCCUAUCAGUGAGGUUGUUGGACGAGAAAGAGAGACUAGCAGCUUGGAGAAACUCGACGAAGGAUACGAGGAACCUGAGGCUGAUGCUUCGGAGACACAACCAGAGGAAGCGACGAGCUGCGCUGAGACGCCAAAGAGGAAAGUCUUCUCCCUGAUACUGUCCAAGAGACUUGAUGGAGACGAGGCUUCUGAGACUGAGGAGAAGCAAGAUGCGGUGUGUAGGAAGGCCAACAUGGAGGAUGAAUUCCAACUCUCAGAUGAGGAAACUUCGGAAGCGAUUGAGACGCAUUGGUCACCCCAGGACGCAAAUCGUCACAUCCGGAAGUCUGUCUCCCAGGCUCCCGGUAGCCCACUCAAGCUUGAGAUUGAAUCCAAUGACAAUGUCUCAGCUAACAAGGACCACCCUAACUACAGACGGCUUGUGCUUAUCUUAGAUGAGAUGAUCCAGACAGAGCAGGAUUACGUCCUUGCGCUGAAGUACAUCAUAGAGAACUAUUUUCCGGAGAUGGAUCGGGACGACAUACCGCAGGGUCUGAGAGGCCAGCGCAGUGCCGUGUUCGGUAAUCUAGAAAAGAUUUACGAGUUCCACGAUCGUCAUUUCCUGAAAGCUCUCAGUCAGUGCCAGAGCGACCCUCUACAAGUCUGCCAUUGCUUCUUGCAACAUAAAAAGGGUUUUGGUCUGUACGCACUUUACAACAAGAACAAGCCGAGAUCUGAUGGCUUAUUGGCUGACUAUGGUACAUUCUUCAAGUCGAAACAGCGUAAUCUACAUGACAAAAUGGACGUUGCUAGUUACCUCCUGAAGCCUGUGCAGAGAUUGGGGAAGUACGCUUUGCUGUUACGGGACCUCAUCAGAGAGUGUCAACCCUCAGAUCAAGAGCUGUCCGCACUCAAGUCUGCUGAGGAGAUGGUACAAUUCCAGAUGAGGCACGGUAAUGACCUACUAGCAAUGGAUUCCAUCAAAGAUUGUGACGUUGAUCUCCACGAGCAAGGUGAACUAUUAAGACAGGAUGAGUUUUUGGUUUAUCGAGGUCAUAAGAAGUGCGUCCGUCACGCCUUCCUCUUUGAAGACAUGAUUUUAUUCAGUAAGUCUAGGAGGACUGCCAGAGGACAUGAUGUGUACCACUACAAAUUCAGCCUCAAGAUGACAGAUAUUGGAAUGACGGAAAGUAUUGGCGAGAGCGGUCUGAAGCUCGAGAUAUGGUUCCGUCGACGUAAGACCAACGACAAGGCGUACACCCUUCAUGCGCGCUCACACAGCGUCAAGCAAGCAUGGACUCAAGACAUUAGCAAGUUGUUAUGGAAACAAGCAUUCAGGAGCAAAGAAGCCAGACAAGCUCAGCUGUCCUCCAUGGGUGUAGGAAGUAAACCGUGUUUAGACAUCAAACCAAAUGAAGGCAGAAUCAACGAUCGAGCGAUAUCCAUGAGAGAUAAAGGCAAAGCACCGCGGAUGCGGAAUUCAAUCGCCAUCACUUCCUUCAGUCCAAGUCAGCUCUUACAUCUCAGCAGCCUGUCCAAUCUCUCCUUAUCCAGCGCCCCGUCCCCGUCUCGUAACAGCCGAGUCCGCUGCUCUAUGAGCUCAAUCCCCUUAGUGCUUAGCCAAUCGUCUGGGGACACCCUCCUUGCGGAGUCCGAAAGCGGUAAGGUCGACCAGGCACUGAGUGAGGAGGAGGAGAUCAGGGUCAGACUCCCAGAGGACGGGACGUCCAGUCGGAGUUCGGACAGUGGGAGUGUCUUCUCACCGGAGAUGUUCCAGAGCACGGAGAGGGUGGAUCGGUGCGAGUCCCUGGCCAGUGGUCUGACAUGUGUGGGGAGUGUUCAACCUGGUCAAUUAAGGCGUAGCAGUGUCAUGGGUUUAUAGCCACACCCUACUAUGUACCCCCCCCCCUGCCCUCGCACCCCCAGAGGUUUCAAGGUGUCAUUGACACAUUUACAAAUGAAUGCUUUUCUCACAAACUGUUGUGGAUAUCCCAGACAACCCUUGGGCUACGUGUUUAUCUCGUCAGUGUAGCCCUGUCUACAGGGUCCCACGGGGGUAGUCAAGUUGGACAUACUCUCCCUACAGAGUAAAAAGUUUCCGCCGUGGAAAGGCAGUUUCUUCUCGGGACAAAUUAAGUCAUUAACGCUGAGAAACGAGGCAAGAACUUCAUCAGAUCUGAGACCGGGAGGGAAAGACCCCUUGCCCAAACAUCAAGAAGUCAUGCCAGUGUACAAAACCAGCGACCUCUACAAAGUGAGAUAGAACUUUGACAAGAAUGAGGAGAGAGAAUGAAAGACCCCGGCUAUGUUGAAUGUUCAUGUUACGCUAAGCCGUGUGGACAUCGUUCCCCCCCCCCUACCCUACGUGGGGAUGUCCAUCUUAAUUAGGAGUCGUGGAUCACGGACUAAGGCUUUGGUUGUGAGACAGAGACAGCUGUUAGGGGGUCAUGUGUCAUAAGCUAAGACGAUUAAUCUGAGGAGAAAACGGUUUUAAGACGGGGGAAAUCCAGAGCUUGGGUUUCAUGACACUUGAUAGGAAGACGCUUCAUCCAGAACUUUUGAAGUUUCAUGAUUUUGUUUCCGUGAUGGGAAGGUACAGCGUUGGUUACUUAAAGUACACCUCCAUCGUAGAGCCACCAUUUUUAUUGUGCCUUCAUUCAAACGAACCUAAACCAAACUGAGGCUGGUAGGUGGACAAUAGUCUGAGCCCCAUAAUGAGAAUGAGUGUUAAUCAUUGUUACUGUAUACAGGGAACCGGAUAGUAUGAUGAAUAGGCCUAAUGGUAAAGGUCACAUACACACCCUGGUUAAAAGUCUGACUGAAGUAUAGUUGUGUUUUACAGAUAGUCAACCACUCAUGUCAAAUUACAUAGAACUUGACGACUGACAACCUGUCUUUUAAGAGAAAAUCUGCUCAACGUCAAAACAAUGUUCUUUAUUAGACACCAUUUGCAGUUAAGUAAUCGGUUUGCUGCAGCAGUCUGGCAUUGGUAUAAUAUCACUGAAAUCAUAUAAAGUGCGUUUGGGCAAAGAAUAAAACUCAAAAUUGACGGAAGUCGUUAAGUCUCUCAAGAAACCCAUGCUACAUUAAUAAAAGCUCUAUGUACAACGUCACAAAAUAGCAAGUGUGUGCACUUACAAACAAAACUGUAGUGUUAUAAAUAUCGUCAGUGUCUUUACAAGUCUUAUUUAUUUUAAUCAAGCAUAUUUUGUAGAUCACCUAUAAACAAAUAAACUGCAUUUUAAUUCGUUGUAAGAAAAAGAAGAACAAAAGUUGGAGGCUCAAGAUUGAAUACAAAUUGUUGAUUUUUCUGAAAGAUGUAGGACUAAUCAUGAACGGAAUCUGUGUUCGAUGACUGGUAAACUAUGCAGAUUAAUUUACAUACAAAGAUACAUGGGAUGAAUGUAUUGGCAAGUGAUGUACUAUGACAUAGCACAAUUCCCUCUGCCAAGAUUUUUUGUUGGGGGGGGGGGGACUAUGGAUCGGAUAAUACUUAUCGAGGUUAAAAGCUUAAAAAUGAAAUCCAAGAAGCACCAUGAACAAAUCUUUUCAGAGGUGUGAUGAAUUGUGGUUUUAAAAAGAACUGCUAUUUUGUUUUGUUUUAUAUAUUCUAUUCUCAAAGCAACAGGUUACCUCUCCAAGUACCUUUUAUAAGUAGACAAAAGAAUUGCCUUAUACAAAAAUGCAGCCGAGCAAGUACUUCUCGGGGGCCGAUUUUUUUACAGUGUAAAUUAUUAGUCUUUAAAUUGACUGCCAUUUGUAAAAGCACUGACCAAAAAAAAGCAAUUUUACAAAAAGCAAAAUGUCUUGUGGCUUUGAUAGAAUUUGUAGUCCUUGUAUGUGUGUAAAUAUGUAACAGUAAAAUCACCAACAACCAUUCUUAAAUGAUGGUGCUAACUUAUUUGUUUUUUUUGUUUAUUUUUUUAAGGAUAUAAUCUUGCCUUAUGACUCUCGCACAUCUUGACAAACAUAAAAAGAGGACAAGCUCUUCUUGGAAAAUAAAAUGUUAAAAGCGCCAGAGGGUCCUGUUAGCUUUUCGGAAGAAACAUUUAUGUUAUGGACACUUUGAAAAGUAUUCCAAGUAAAAUUUGAAGUAAAUUAUGAAUUGAACUGCACAUUAAAACGGAAAGCAUAAAAUGAUGCUUAAUUCGGAAAUGUCUGUCGCUCUUUGUGAAACUAAGCCUUAGCCAAAAACUUACCCAAAUGAAAUUUAUAAAGUCCAGGAAAA